AUGUCGAAAAUCACAGUCGCUAAUGUCCGGACGCAAGUCCAGGAGCUCCUGGAGUACUCCAAUGAGACCAAGAAGCGCAACUUCCUCGAGACGGUCGAGCUCCAGAUCGGCCUGAAGAACUAUGAUCCCCAGCGUGACAAGCGUUUCUCGGGCACCAUCAAGCUGCCGUCAAUUCCCCGCCCGAACAUGUCCAUCUGCAUCUUCGGUGAUCAGCACGAUCUCGACCGAGCCAAGCACGGUGGUGUCGAUUCCAUGUCGGCCGACGACUUGAAGAAGCUGAACAAGAACAAGAAGCUCGUCAAGAAGCUGGCCCGCAAGUACGACGCCUUCGUCGCCUCCGAGGCCCUCAUCAAGCAGAUCCCCCGUAUCCUGGGUCCUGGUCUGUCCAAGGCCGGCAAGUUCCCGACCCCCGUCUCGCACGCCGAUGACUUGACUGGCAAGAUCAACGAGGUCAAGUCCACCAUCAAGUUCCAGCUCAAGAAGGUUCUCUGCAUGGGUGUCGCCGUCGGCAACGUGGCCAUGGAGACGGAGCAACUCAUUGGCAACAUCAUGCUGGCCAUCAACUACCUGGUUUCUCUGCUGAAGAAGGGCUGGCAAAACGUUGGCAGCUUGACCAUCAAGGCCAGCAUGUCGCCCCCUAAGCGUCUGUAUUAA